GCCUUCCCGCCCACCGCGGAGGACGGCGGUGGCGGCCCGGUCACCUCACAGGCGGGUGACAGCGCCAUGGCGGCCGUGCGAGACGUCGAGAUCGACCCCGAGGGAACCUUCAAGUACAUCCUGGUGCGCCUGCAGCGCCCGGGCGGCGGGGAGCAGCGGGACAUAGUCCGCGGCACCAAGGCGGCCGAAUUUCACAAUCACAUAUUUGAAAAACUAAAUCCUGAGAUGGAAAAGCUGGGAUAUGAGUGCAAGUGCCUUGGAGGAGGGAAAAUUGAUCACAAUAGCAAAGACAAGAAAAUAAGGGUAUUUGGGCUCUCUACAGGCUAUGGAAAAGCAGAUCACUCUGUGACUGUGGAGAUCCUGAAGAAAGCAUACACAGAUUAUGAAAUCACUUGGUCAGACGACAAGAAAUAAAUCAGCUACUUAAGAACACAACCAGCUCAAACCUGGUAACUGUGUGAGCUCUACUUUGAUAAAUUAAACUGAAUGUGUCUAUGUAUGCUACCACAAAUCUGGAGUAACUGGACUCUGGUGUAAUUUACAAUACAGUUGGUAACCCCCAGAUCAAUUUCAGAUCUUUUUUUGGUGCAGAAUCUGAAGUUCUAAGCAUUUUUUCUUUCCUUUUGAUAUGCCAUCUAACUAAACACACUCAUAUCUUACCUUCAGGUUGUUUUCAUCCAGUCCUGUCUCACUGGUGUACUGUAGGAGACACCAGGAUUUUGCCAUCAGCUUAAAUACCACAGGCUCAAAUCUGUUCCUUCAUCAUUUGACUGUAAUACUUUUGGUUUCCUUUAUUGCUCUUUUGGAUUUUCAGCUUUCCUGUCUACAUUUAGAAAUACUGGGAGGGAGGGGAAGGUUGACUGUUACAGAUAUUCAUCAAGGAUCUAAAUGUUCAAUUUACUCCAUGGAUUUGAAAAUUCAGUCAUGUUCCACACAAAUAACGAUCAAGAUCACUUGUGUUCUGGAAGACUCUUCCCUAGAGCAGACUGAUAUCAAUGUCAAACUCUGACAAUACUUGUUUCAUUCUGAUUUCCCUGUACUACUUUUAUUCCCUAUGAAGACAAUGAUGCUUUCCCCUUUUUUUCAUAGCAAUAAUUAUCUUAGCUAACUACCUCCCAGCCAGACCCAGUACAUCUAGGCAGUGCCUGAAUUAACUUAGAGCACCUGCUUCAUCCCAUUGUUGUGGAAUGUUGCCCUUCAUUUAUUGCUGAACUAUUUGCUACAUUUGACACCGGUUUGUUUCCCGCCAACCUUCUGAAUGCUGUUGUGGAUUUCAAGAUUGGUACCAUUUGUUCUUAUGCUUACAUUGCUG